AUGGAACGACCGACCAAACGAUCGCGAACUGGCCCUGCGCCCUUCGACGAUGAAGAGAUUGUUGGCGAUGAGCUCAACCACCAGCCCGAGGAGGUCAACCAGCUACGAGACCCAGGCUACCAACUCGAACAGGCCCGAUCAUUUGCUGCCUUCAAGUUAAAGUCAGCUUUUGAGAACAUCUUCGAAAAGUAUGGGAAAGACUUUGACGGCAUUGGCGACGAAAUCGAUCUGAGGACUGGCGCAAUUGUUGUCGACAACGGCCACAUCAAGUCUCUGAAAACGGCGACAAUUGGUGUCGAGAGCGAUGAUGAUGACGAAUCUGAAUCCGAGUCGGGAAACGAGAAGGAGACGACAUCACACGGACAAGAAAGCAAAAAGAAUGCGACUGCAUUGCAAACCGUUCCGCGACCUCUGCCUUCCAUGGCGCCGCCAUCACCUUUCGGCGCGUUCGGUCCGGGUUACAACUCCUUUCCAGGAGGACCUCCGCUACUGUCGAACACGAUGUACCCCGUACAAACGCAAUUCCAAUCGCCCCCAAUGCCGUUCGGUGCAUUCAGUUCUGCAAGCGCUUCGAUCGAUCCUGCUUGGAGAGCACCUGACCUACCUCCGCCGGUUUCCUGGGGAGGGUUCUGGACUCCUGGCACCCAAUCCAGGUUCAAGACAGUCGCCAAGGUGCAACAACUUGCUGCCAGGACUAAUCAUGAUCAGGAGGCUGAGGAUGAUGAUGACAUUUUACUAGAUGUUUCUACCACUGGAGCCACCAAAGCGACCGAGAACACUCCGGUGAUCAACAAGAAGCUGGCGCCCUUUCGUCCUCCAUCUAACGUCUCUUCCCCGGCCAAUCACCAGCUAAAGACAUUCGCUGCUACUUCGACACCAAAGUCAGUUGACAAUUCUGAUGUUGCGAUGGCAGAUGGAGAGAAAAAGAAGAACACCAAGAGGAAGACACCAGCAAAAAAGACGCCAGUGAAAACGAAGGCUAUUAAAGAACGUAUCGCUAGUCUGAUGGACGAAUCUGGCAUACAGAUCGCUGGGUCUCCUGUAGUUGACAGUCCCUCGGCUGACACUCAACCCGUUACUGACACACAGCCUGCUGUCAAGCAGACGCCAGUUGCUGAGAAGUCAGCUAUCGAAGGUCAAUUCUCUGUUGUGAGAAAUACUGGAGCGGUGAAAAGAAGAAGGACGCCAAAUACAAAGACACCAACAAGUGAAAAAGCAUCUUUAAAGCAGAGCGCUGAUUUAUUGAGGGCGAGCCUUGUAAAAUCUGAUCCUGUUUCCGCGGCGAAAGAGUCUUUUGCAGAGCUUGAAUUUGAGACUCGUCCUAUCGUUGAGCACGAACCUAGUAUUGAAAAGGGGUCUGGCCAGGUUUCUGUUGAAAAACCCAGGGUCGAGGCCCCUGUUGUCGAGGACCAUGCUGUUGGCACGGGUCAAAAGACAUUGAAGAGGCAGACUCCAUCGAGGGUUUCAACAAGGGAACAACAUUUUGGGGGGCCAAGCAGCAAUCCCUCAGCGAGUGAUAGCAACCGGCCCGCGCUAGCUCCUACAGUUGAGCAGCCUUCAGUCGGGACUGAACUUGUCGUUGAGAUUCAAUCCUCUUUGACAGUUCAAAAUGGCCCCGGGCAGCCCUAUGUUCAAGAGACUAUUGCAAGAGAAUCAGCUGUGGAGAAGACUUCUAUCGACGAAGGUGCCAUUGCCGAAAUCGAGCCUCCUUCCGCUAAGGGCGAUGGAGACCAGUCUGCAAGCAUCUCAGCAACGGUCACUAAGUCAGUAAAUCACGAUCUUCCAGAGAUACCGAGUUCUGCGGAUUCCAGGACGGCGAGAAGGAAGAGGCGACUCUCGAUGCGAGACCAGUCUUCUCCAGCUGAGGCCAAGCGGUCUUCAAGGAAACAAGUUGCGUCGAGAUAUGAGCAGUCUCUCUUUAAUGGAGUAACAAACGCGAAUACUACCUUGAAAUACUACAGCCCCAGCCGCGGCGCACUUGUCACAAAGCCAAGCAACCAGCAACUUUGGGUCGAGAUACCGGUGGAUGGUAGCUUGGACCCUAAGGCCUUCCAAGUUGUUGUCGAUGACGACAAUCUGAUACCAGAAGUCCCAGCAAUGGAAAUAGGACCAGAAACUACCAACACAUUGACAGUAGAGGAGAUGGCGAGGAAUGGCGUUGCCAAACCUCAAGUUCAUGGUGACCAUGAAACUCAAACAGAGGCUGUCGAAGAACGAAGCCCCCCAUUGAACGAUCUGUCACAUGAGGUCUUUACUAGGAACGUUGUUGACUCGGCAUAUGCCUUCUCUGACGAAGAUGAGCCAGCCAUACCAAAAGCGAGAGUUCGACGAACUGAACCCAUUCAACCCAACCCCAAGCCCAAACCCGCGGAAAAAUCUAACGUAAAAGAAUUCGGGAUACCCACACCAGCGUCGUCCUUUGAUCGCAAUAGUCAGUCCACUGAAUCUCAAGCUACUUUGGAAGCGGAGCUACCGAUGGAGGAACUUCCAAUCAUCUCAGCAAUUGUCAUCACACAGACUGCUCGCCAGACGCCAUCAGCAGGCUCCGCACUUCUCGACAAGACCAACACCAACAGCGAAGGACCUUCACUGCCCAAGCCUGUUCAAGUUAUCAAGGCUAGGCGGGGAAGGAAACCCAAAACUCCGAUAGAUUUGAGCGUAACCGCCUCAGAGGUGGCAACGAGUACACCUGCCGUGACAGAAAAGCCAUCCGAGCCGGUUCCUAUUAUUACCGCUUUAGCGUCUACUCGGCCGAAGAGACAGAGUUUGAGGUUAUCAAGGGGAAGGCGGGAUUCGGAUAUCACAAUUGCAGAGUCGACUACGCCGCAACAUGCAACGGCUACGAUGUCCCAGCACGAAGAUGAGUCUCUUGUCAUUCAAGAGAGUCCACAAGGCACACCCGAACCCGAGUCUGUAGAUGAGCAUAAGGCUGGAAGCCCAGCUAGCCUAACCUUGACUGCGACCAUUCCUGCGUCUUCCAAGUUGACAGAGACCUUGGCUCCUGAUCAAGAACUCUUGGAGAACAGCUUCCUUGAGGAGGCAAUAGCCCGUCAACGGUUUUGGUCGCCUAAACCUGAAUCGAUAAUACUCGGCCACGAACCAUCACCACCGGAGCCACGAGCAGAGACGCUUUUGGAAAAGGAACCAGAACAACCAACAACCCCUGUGAAAACAAGGUCAAGACGCGGCGGACGCCCAAGCUCUGCCGCUUCCCUCCCCACAGCAACAGUCACCACAACCACCAAGGUCAAGACUAAAACAGGCUCCGCCUCGGUAUCACAACCAGGCAGGAGAAAGGUCCAAACACCCUCCACCAUUACACGCACUACCACCACCACCGCCCCUAUGGCAUCCUCAAGAACAAGGACGACCCUCACUGGCACCUUCCAAAAACAAAGCCAAGUCCAAACCCCUGGCACAACCAAAUCCACCAAAUCUCUUCUGGGCAACAACAACACCACCAUCCUCUCUCUCAUCUCCUCUGACACAGACGACGAAGACGAACUCACUCUUGAUUUUGGCGGCGGCACACCAUCAGGCAUCUCGAAGAAGGGGGUUGUUAAACCCACUAGCAGCACCGCAACAGCAACAGCAACAACAACAAGAACGAAAAAGACAGCUGCUGCAUCUACUACUACCCCUUUGGCUUCGCUCCUCCUCCGGACUCCAUCUCGCAAAAAACCUCCUCCUCCUCCUCCUCCUCCUCCAGCUGCUGGUGGUGGUGGUGGUGGAAUAAGAAGAAAAACAACUAGCUUGGCGAAGAUUGUUUCUUCUUCUAUUAUUAGUGUUGGGAGGAGAUCAAGAUCAACUUCCUCUCCUCCAACUACUGCCCAUGCCGUGACACCCACUGGUACUGGUGUUGGCUCUGAGGCUGAGGGAGAAGAAGGAGAAGAAGAGUUUGUUGGAUCGGAGGUGAUUCAGACGCCAGGUGGGACGCUGAGACGGUGCGGUGAGGCUGGGUUCAGGUGUGACAGGGAUUUUUGUUUUGGGUGUUUGUAGAAGUUGUGCGUGUGAUGUAUGUGUUUCUGUGUUAUGAGUUGUGAG